AUGGCGAUCGCCCGGUCGCUGCUCCGCAGCGCGCGCCCGAGCCACGGUCCGAGCCACGGCCCGAGCCACGGCGCGAAGGGCGGCCUCUUAGCGCUGGCCGUGUUCCUCUCCAGCGCCGAUCGCGUCUACAGCUUCGAGCAGGAGAUCCGGCUCUCGGGUAUCUCGGCGAACAUUCGGAGCACCGUCUUCCGAAUGCGGGACAACCACUUGCUGGUGUACAACCCGGUGGCGCCGACCCAGGAGUUUCUGCAGCAGCUCGAGGCCCUCCACAGCGACGGUGUCUCCCACAUCCUCCUGGGCGCGACGCCGUACGAGCACAAGGUCUUUGUCCCCUCAUUUUCGCGCCACUUCCCCGCCGCAAAGGUGUGGGCGGUGCCGGACCAGUGGUCCUUCCCGGUAGACCUCCCGUCGCCGCUGCUCGGCAUCGACACCAAGGGCUCGGGCGGCGGCGACCUCGUCGACACGGCCGGCGGCUCUGCCGCCUAUGCCGGCGCGCCCGACCUCACGUCUGAGUUCGAGGUCAAGCUGCUGCACCCGCGGAGGCGGCUCGGUCUCGGGUACGCGGCGAACGAGGCGGCGCUGCUGCACAAGGACACGAAGACCCUCGCGCUGACCGACGCGCUCGUCAACGUGCCCUCCGCCCCGACGCGCGUGUACGACGAGGCCAACUUGCUCGCCAUCGGCGACAACGCGGAGAGGAGCAGCUCGCUCGGCAGCCUCAUCCUUCGCGCGGCGGGCGCAGUGAACUGGCAGGGCACGGGCUCGAAGGACAUCGGCCAGCUCUGGACGAGCGACGCGCCGGGGCGGCAGGGGAGCGAGGCGGAGCAGUUGCAGCGCGGCUGGGAGCGCAACGUCGUCCUCUCGCUCUUCUUUGGGCCGUCGCCAGCAACGAUCGUCGAUCCGAAGCCGUCCUUCCAGGCGCUCGAGGGGCGGUGGGUGGUGGCGCCCGUCACCGACUCGCUCAUCUACGCGAGCGACCGCGUCCAGCCCGAGCUCGCGCGCUGGGUCGACGACCUCGCGCGCUGGGACUUCCGGAUGAUUGCGCCGUCGCACUUUGACGCGCGCGAGGGCACGCCUGAAGACCUCCGCGCUGCGUUCGCGCCCACGCUCGCCAAGAGCAGAGGGGGCGCGGCGACGGACCCGGCCACCCCGGUCACGGCGCGCCCCUACAAUGUCGACGACGUGAGGUUGCUCGACGGUAUCGCCACUGAGCUCGUAAAGCUCAAGGUCAUCUGA